AUGAGCUACUUUGGCCAGCCGCAAGGGUAUGGUGCUCCGAUGCAGCCCAACAUGAUGCAGUACGGCAUGAUGCCGCAACAGCAACAGCAGCCCCAGCAGCAGCAACAGCAACAACAGCAGCCGCCGUAUGGAGCUGGCUUUCCAGUCAUGCCGGGCCAACAAGCUCCGGGCCAACAAGGCUUCCCUCAGCAGCCCCAGCAGCAGCCGUUCUACCACCCGCAACAAAUGCAGUACCAGCAGCAGAUGCAGUACCAGCAGCAGAUGCAGUUCCAACAGCAGCAGCAGCAGCAGCAGCAGCAGUUUGGCUAUGCCGUCGGUGGACACCCCGCUCCCGGUGCUGCUGCGCCUGCGCCUGGAAUGACCCCCAAGCAGUUUGAAGAGCAGCAGCGCAAGAUGGCCGAGCAGCAGCGCAAGAUGGCCGAGCAGGAGGAGCGGGCACGCAAGCAGCGCCAGUUUGACGCCCAGCGCGACAAGCUCAGCGCAAUGAGCCUCCAGCCAAGCACCAACCCACUCGAUGGCAUGAUGAGUGGCGCAGCAGCCAUGCCGAGCUUUUCUGCCACGUCGCUGCUGGGCAGCAUUGCCACUCCGCCAAGGCUCAUGGCCAAUGGAAGCACGCACGCUACGCCCAAGACGCAUCAUCCUCCACCAGCCCAAGCGCCCUUCUCCUCGUCGUCAUCCGCAGCAGGAGGCUUCGUGUCACAGGGCUACUCUAGCAGUCCCGCGUCCAUGUCCCAUGGUCCGAUGGACGACGACUUUGGCGAUUUCGCCUCAAGCACCAAUUCUGCUGCUGCUCGGGCAUCGUUUGCACCGCAUCAUCAACCUCAGCAGCAGCACCUUCAACCUCGUCCUGCCCCUCCUGCUCCUGCUGCUACCAAGCCGUCCUUUGACGAUGACAACGACUUUGCGGACUUUGCUCAAGCGACUCCAGGCCGUCCCACCACUUUCACCUCCACUUCCACCUCCACUGCCACGUUUGGCGGAGCGAGCUCUCCAGCAGCUCCCACGUUUGCGGCAGGUGCAUCGUUAGGGAUGACGCCAACAGCCCCAGCUGCGCCGGCAGUUCAAGUAGACCAGUUGAUUGCUCAGUCGCUUGCGUUCGAUUCCAGCGCAACAACAGCCAAGCGCUUUGAAAAAACGACCUACAAGCCUCCUGUCAUCAAGGUGGUGGCCCAGAAGCACGAAGAUGCUCGCGGUGCUGUCAACUGGUCGUCCAUGAGCGAGUCCCUGGGCGGAAUGUUUGAAGACCAACAACUUGCCGAGGAGCGGCGCCUCGAGGAGCAAAAACGGCUGGAAGAACAGCAGCGGCUUGUCGAGCAGCAGCAACUUCAGCUAAAGCAACAGCAACAGCAGCAACAGCAACAGCAGCAGCAGCAGCAGCAGCAGCAACAGCAACGGCAACAACAGCAGCAACUGCAACAGCAGCAGCAGCAGCAACAGCACCAACAACAACAAGAGCAGCCAGCGAAUGGCGCCAACAGCUUUCCCCCCGUGUUCUUUGAACUCUUUGCUCGACUGUCUAGCGACUGUCUAGCGACAGCAAUGGCGCUGCAGUGUCAGGCGCAACAGCUUUGCCGCAGUUUUUGA